AUGCAAGAUAUUGGGGAGGGGGUUAUUAGUGCAUUUCAGGUAUCAAUUGAAGGUGUUGUCCAAAGAAGAGGCUCAGAAGAAUACGGUGCAUCUCUAUUAAAUCGUUGGAAUUUAGAUGUACAGAAUACACCAAUCUUAAUAGUAUAUCCAAAAAAUAUUAACGAUGUUGUAAAGGCGGUAAAUUUUUCAAGGGGCUAUGGAUUGGACUUUGCAAUUAAAGCGGGUGGUCAUGGUACAACGUCUGCAUGUAAAGAUGGUUUGCUAAUAGAUUUUUCAAGUAUGAAAAAGAUUGUUGUUGACCCAGAUAAAAGAACUGCUACUGUAGAGGCUGGGUGCUUACUUGGUGAGCUGGAUUUAGAGACUUCAAGAUUUGGUUUGCAGGUUCCAUCUGGACAUGUCUCUCAUACUGGUGUUGCGGGUUUAACUUUGGGUGGUGGUUUGGGACACUUAUCAAGAAGCUUUGGUCUAACUGUAGAUAGUUUGUUACAAGUUACCAUUGUAAACUAUAAAGGCGAGGUGAUGACGGUCAACAAUGAAACAAAUUCAGACUUAUUUUUUGGAAUAAAAGGUGCUGGUUCAAAUUAUGGUGUGGUAAUAGAGUUUAUUUUUCAACUACACCCAGUUCCAAAUAUAUUUCUAGGCACAUUCAUUUAUCCAUUGGAUGGUUGCAAAGAGGUUUUAGUCAAAUUGGGUGAAAUAGAUAGAGAUCCCCAAACACCAUGGGAGCUAUCGUGUGAAAUAUCAAUAACAUCAGAGAACAUUGUAAUUUUAGCAAUUUAUAAUGGCAAAGAAGAGGAUGGUAGACCUUUGGUUGAAGAGAUAUCGAAAAUAGGUGCGCCGAUAGUCAGCAAAAUGGAAAAUAUCAAAUAUGUAGAUUUACAGAAACUAAUGAAUAGUAAAGUGCCUCCAGGAAAAUACUAUCAAAGAGGACCAUUUUUAAAGCACUCCUUAAAUAGCGAAGCCGUUGAUAUCUUAUUAGAAGCCAUCAGCGACCAUCCAACUAAAACUGGUACUUUAUUAUUAAUCCACUUGGGUGGAGCAGUCACAAACCACCCACUCAAAGAUACAUCAUCAUUUCCAUACAGAAACGCCAAAUAUCAAUUAAUUAUAUUUUCAAAAAUAGUAUCAGAAGACUCAAGAGAAUUAAUUCGUCAAUGGACUUUCAAUACUCACUCAAAAUUAUCAAACAAAUAUUGUUAUGGUGAUUAUUCAAAUACAACAGAUGGUUCACAACAUAUUUCAAUAAUCUAUGAUCAUUGUUAUGAUAAACUAUUGGACUUAAAAAAUAAAUAUGACCCAACAAAUUUUUUUCAUAAUAAUGUAAAUAUAAAGCCAACCUUUAUAUAG